AGACACCUCAUCAAUUUGACUAACGUGGAAUUUGACGUAUGAUGAGGAUUAGUAGAAGGAUUUUCUUCGCUGUUUUCGCCGUUCUCACUUUAUUCGUUACUACCGGCAUCAUCCUCGGUUUGUGGUGGCAAGUGGGUGUGCAGGCUGUGCUUUCCCCCGGACAGUAUGGGUGGUUCACGGUCUCGUUCUACUUCGGAGCAAUCAUCGGCAGCCUACUUUCCUGCCGUACGCUGUCAUCCUACGGACGCCAUUGGACUCUUCAUUUCUCUUGCCUUCCGAACUUGGCGGGCUGGUUUUACAUGUUUCUUACUGCCCGAUCACUUUCGGAUCAUGCUGUACCGAUCUUGUCUAUUUUUAUGGGCCGCCUGCUGACUGGUGUUGCAGUUGGACUGAUGAUUCCGGGGGGGUUGAUUUAUCUCAUAGAGCUUGCGCCAGCUGAUAGCUCGGGACUUUUCGGAUGUCUUGCUCCCCUUGGGCUCGCCUUGGGGUCAACAUUUGCCCAUGCCACUCUGGCGUACGCUAACUAUGUCUACUUUGUGUUCGCUGGUUCUAUUUUAUUGGUGUUCGUCAACCUGACCAUAUGGUUGUUGCCUGAGUCACCUAGAUGGUUGGCAAAGACGGAGCAGUUUGACAGAGCAGCGGCUGCCUGUUCGUGGUUUGGUUGCCAGAACUACCAGCAACUCAUUGAUAGCGAAUCUUCGCUGAAAGCAGCUCCAGGCUGCACCGACAAUGUUGACGUCCAGUUAACACGAUUUCAACGUUUCAAACGAUUCCUUUUCGGUUUUACGAAUAUGUCUUCUAUGGACAAAUCCAACGCCCACUUGGCUUGGCGUCUGCUCGCACUGCAACAGCUCACACUUAUCGGCCCGUUACUUAAUUUCUGUGAAUCUCUCUUUACGUUCGGUGGGUCUCCUUGGACUUUGCGUUACGCCGGAACCAUCGGAUUACCUCAGUGUGUUUUCACUGCUAUCGCUGCGUUAGUUGUCAGCUACACACCACGAAAGAACAUGCUACACUGUAGCACGUUGACUAUGUCUCUAUCCUACUUCAUCCUUGGCGUGCUUCUGAAGUUUGACUACUUCAAACCCAUCAGUCCGUUCACUGUUUUGUGCGUUUCGUUGUGUCUCAUCGGCUACUCUCUGGGCUGGGGCCCAAUACCUAUCAUUAUGGUGGCUGAAAUGUUCAACACACAACAUCGUGGUUUCAUAGUCGGCAGUGCUAUGGUCAUCUCAUGGAUCUUGGGAAUUGUAACAAUAUUGUUGUUUGAACCGCUCACUACACUUCUUGGUGCUCCGUGCUACUUUUGGCUCUCGUCAUUCGCGUGUGUUCUCUGCACCGUCUAUGUUCAUCUAUACGUACCCGAGACGAACACGUGUGUGUGCAAGCCGCCGAUAACGAAGCUCACUCAGGCAUUAAAGCUCGAACCUAUGCAGCCAGAAGUCAAGCGAAAGGCGAAUGGUUUGCGGAUGAAGGGAGUGUAAUCAUUGUGACGUACUUAUUUGACGAUAUUUGAUUUCGAAUACAUUUUUUUUCUUAUAUUUGCUGCAACAAACCUGUUUUACCAACCAACUAUUUAUAAGUUGGUUUCAUAUUAUUUCUUGUUUGGCGUAUAAAAAACAGUAGGUAUUUCUUCUGAUUGUGUCUGUUCUGUGGAGCGCCGUACUGUUUUUC